UCCUCCUCGCACUUUCUCCUGCUCUCCCUCCCUCCCUUUCGGCUCUCACCACCGGACUCCGCGCUCUUCUCGCUGGCCGCCCCGGGAAUCGCCGGCCGCCACCGCCCAGCCGGUACCCGCCAUCCCCCCAGUGCUUGGGCACCUGUUGGAGGCAGAGACACAGCCAACGGUGCUGCAUGAGGGGCCGCAGGGGCGACCGCAUGACCAUUAACAUCCAGGAGCACAUGGCCAUCAACGUGUGCCCCGGGCCCAUCCGGCCCAUCCGGCAGAUCUCUGACUACUUCCCCCGCCGGGGACCAGGACCUGAAGGCGGGAGCAGGGAUUUCAGGGAGGCCCCUGCUCGCCUGGCCCCCCUGGCCCUGGCCCCCCCUGCAGCCCUCCUUGGGGCCACCACACCCGAGGAGGGAGCCGAGGUGGACAGCUACGAUUCGGAUGAUACCACCGCCCUGGGCAUGCUGGAGUUUGACCUUCUCUACGACCAGGCCUCCUGCACCCUGCACUGUAGUAUCCUCAGGGCCAAGGGCCUCAAGCCCAUGGAUUUUAAUGGCCUGGCCGACCCCUACGUCAAGCUGCACCUGCUGCCUGGAGCCUGCAAGGCCAACAAGCUAAAAACUAAGACUCAGAGGAACACGCUGAAUCCUGUGUGGAAUGAGGACCUGACGUACAGUGGGAUCACGGACGAUGACAUCACCCACAAGGUGCUCAGGAUCUCCGUGUGUGACGAGGACAAGCUGAGCCACAAUGAGUUCAUUGGGGAGAUCAGAGUACCCCUCCGCCGCCUCAAGCCUUCACAGAAGAAACAUUUUAACAUCUGCCUUGAGCGCCAGGUCCCGCUGGCUUCACCCUCCUCCAUGUCAGCGGCGCUGAGGGGCAUCUCCUGUUACCUGAAGGAGCUGGAGCAGGCAGAGCAGGGCCCUGGGCUGCUGGAGGAGCGUGGGCGCAUCCUGCUGAGUCUCAGCUACAGCUCGCGGCGCCGGGGGCUUCUGGUGGGCAUCGUGCGCUGUGCCCACUUGGCCGCCAUGGACGUCAACGGCUACUCCGACCCCUACGUCAAGACGUACCUGAGGCCGGACGUGGAUAAAAAAUCCAAGCAUAAAACGUGUGUGAAGAAGAAGACUCUCAAUCCGGAAUUUAAUGAAGACUUCUUCUAUGAGAUGGAGCUCUCCGCUCUGGCCACCAAGACGCUGGAAGUCACAGUCUGGGACUAUGACAUCGGCAAAUCCAACGACUUCAUCGGUGGUGUGUCGCUGGGGCCCGGGGCCCGGGGCGAGGCCCGGAAGCACUGGAGUGACUGUCUGCAGCAGCCGGACGCAGCCCUGGAACGCUGGCACACCCUGACCAGCGAGCUGCCCCCCGCGGCCGGGGCUCUGCCCUCGGCCUGAGCGGGACACCACCACCUGCCCAGCACGCCCUCCCCCCACCCCACCCCCCGCUUCCCGCGGGGCCGGGUCCAGUACCCAACCUUCGCACGAGUGUGUUGCACGUUUACACGGGGUGGAAGCCCCGCCCCCUACUACCUGUCUUAUUUUGUGAGAGUCUGCGUGACCGUGGGUCUGUCUUCUUGUGAGGGACCGUGGAGAUCUGUAUUCACAUAUGCAACUUCCUCCUGCCUGACUUGCUACUGCGCAAAUAUGCACACACCCAUCCUGGGCACGCCCGCAGGGGGCUGCCGCUCCUCUCUCCUGCCUCCCCAGGCUGCCCCGUCCCCCUCGGCCCAUAGGGAGGAGGUCGGAUUAGGGGGGGGUUCGGAGGAGGAGAAUGUUUCCAAAACAGAGGACAAAAAAAAAAAAAAAAA